UGUUUUUUCUUUUGGUUAGUUUUUAGUCAUCGUGUCAGUGAGUAGGCAAACGUGAAUACAAUACAGAUUUCUGUAUACAAUUAUUCAAGAUGAAUAAUAAUUCCACUUUAUUGGAUAAUUCCAUUUCCAUGAAACUAAAACGAAUAAACCAGACACAAAAACACAUUUUAUUUGCCGCAAUGGCAGUGAAUAAAAAUGUACUCGAAUCUCGUGCUGGUGAUAUGCCUUCGCGUUGUGCGAGGAAAUCUGUUUGGAAAAAAGUUGUUGCCGAACUAAAUAUGGCUGGACCUGAAAAAGAUAUUGCUCAAUGGAGGAAGGUUUAUACUGAUUUGCGCUUAGGGAUGAGAAAGAAGUGGAAUAAGGCACGACACUCAGAGUAUAUUCUGACUGAAUAUGAAAGACGAGUGAUAGAGGCAUGUGGGAUGAUUGAAAAGCCAGGCUAUGAAAGGGAGAAUAGUGCCGACUAUAUCAACAAUUUUCUUAACUUUUUACAUGAUGAGGAAAUAAGAGAAGACAAGUCAGCAGGGAUUUAUGCUGACUAUUUUCGAGAAGAUAAUACCAACACAAAUUCACAUUAUUACCUUGGAAGGCCUGUUUACAAGGGCAAAGAAGAAAUAGCUUAUUAUGAAGAAGAAAACAGCAACACCAACAAUUCAAAUUAUUAUGUUGAUUCAGGUGACGGUGAGUUCAUUACAUGCCAGCCAGAUGGCAUAGAUCUCAGAGAUGAAUACGACAAUGAAGAUGAGAGCAUGAAAUAUGAACAAGAGCCUUCUAUUGAAUGCAUAAGUGAUGGUGAUGAGGAAUCACCUUCUAGAAUUGAAGAAUAUAGAGAACCUUCUGUGGAAUGUAUUAGUGAUGAUGAAGUUGAGGAAUUACCAAUUCAAGAAGAAAUCAAAAUUGAAAGUCCUCAUCCGAAUGAAGAACCAAUUCAACAAACAGAAACAGUACCAAGACCAAUUGAAAUACCUCAAAUGCCAAGACCAAUACCAAUGCAUUGUUCUGAAAUACCCUCAGUACCAUCAGCAUCAAGUAGUGUACAUUUACAAAGAAGAAAAAAAAUUAAAAAUGCUACACUGAAAGAAAUUAAGAAAAUGCAUCGAAAUUUACUUAAAGAAUCUAAAAAACAAACAGCUUUAUUAAGGAAACUUGUACAAGGAAUGUCAAAAUGAAAUUCUAACUAAUUUAAAAAAUAUUGUUUUUUUGCUUUAAAAACCACUGUAUAACGGUGUUUUGUAUAUACAUUCCUGUACUAUUUUUAUAUAAAAAAAAAGACGGAAACACUGAACACAUUU